AUGGGACUAUUUUACGAUUUGAAGCACUGCGGAUUCUAUGUGGCUAUAUUUGACUCGAACAAGUUGUUGAAGUUCAAAGACAGGUCUGCCGAAGCGGAGACAAUUGUGCGGUUUAUCAGGGAAUGUAUUGAUCAGAACCGUUAUCCAAAAACCUUCUGGAAGUAUCUGCGACGUUGUCAUGUUCAACCGACUUCCAGAACUCUGAAACGACAUGCACUGAACCUGAUGGAUUAUGCUUGGAAGGAAAUGAUCGAAACGGACCGCUUGUCGACCCAGUACUCUUUAUGUGCCAACCAACUCCCAGGGGGAUACCAGUCUCCCUUCCAGCACUACGUCUCUACAGGGCGCCUACUCUCAGAUGAGAAGGAAGAUGACCAACUGUACGAAUAUCUGACCAGAGUAAACAACCACGCGGAGGAGAUGGUCAUCACAGGAGAUUUCAACUCUCCGGAGAAAACUAGUGGACCCGACAGUGCUGCCCCUGGUGCAGCACGUCAACCAACCCACUUGAUGGCGGGAGGGCAAAGGCCUAGCAUGUUGGACCCAGUUCUGACCAAGAUGCCGUAUAAUGUGGAACAGCUCGGGAUUUCUGCUCCCCUAAGCUGGGUAUUACCCCAGACUGCCGAAUUUUGCCCUUUUUAUUCCAGAUUCGGUUGGCUUGGGCCUGCCGAAGGCUUGGGGUCUACACUCACAAUGGACAAUUUGGCCCCGGUAAUAGUUAAAGCCAGUCAGGCCGCUGGUGACCGCAACAUGCAGUCGUUGAUAGUUAUUCGUGACGAUUACAACUGUGAUGUUGAUCGUAGCUAA